AUGGCUGCUUCGAUGGCAACCCGAUCAGCUUUACAACCAAGCACAUUGCCAAAAGUACUACCUUCCUCUUCCUCUAUGCUUUCUCAAUACCGUGGAUUCGCCUCUUCAGCUGACCCAUACGAUGUAAUUAUCGUUGGAGGUGGUCCAGGUGGAUACGUUGCUGCUAUCAAAGCAGGUCAACUUGGACUUCGUACUGCUAUCGUUGAAGGUCGCGGCGCUUUGGGAGGUACUUGUUUGAACGUAGGAUGCAUUCCUUCAAAAGCCAUGUUACACAACUCCAACUUAUACCAUGCCGCCAAACACGAUUUCAAAGAUCGUGGUAUUGACGUCUCAGAUCUAAAGCUAAACUUGCCGCAAAUGCUAAAGAACAAGGAAAAGGCAGUUUCAGGAUUAACAAAAGGUGUUGAAGGAUUGAUCAAGAAGAACAAAGUCGAUUACGUCAAAGGAUGGGCAAGCUUUGCAGGUCCUACAUCACUAAACAUCAGCCUUACAGAAGGUGGCGAAACACAAAUUGAAGGAAAGAACAUCAUCAUUGCAACGGGUAGUGAAGUGACACCUUUCCCAGGUAUGGAAUUCGAUGAGAAAUCAAUCGUCAGUUCAACAGGUGCUUUGGAUCUCGAAAAGGUUCCCGAAAAGAUGAUCGUUAUUGGUGGAGGUGUUAUCGGUCUAGAAAUGGGAAGUGUUUGGAACAGAUUAGGUGCCAACGUUCAAGUUGUUGAAUUCUUGAGCAGCAUUGGUGGAGCAGGUAUUGAUGGCGAAGUUGCCAAAUCUUUCCAAAAGAUUCUGCAAAAGCAAGGUGUUCAAUUCAAACUCGGUACCAAGGUUAUCGAUGCCGAAAAGAAGGACGGCAAGGUCUACCUAAACGUCGAAGAUGCAAAGAGCGGAAAGAAGGAACAAUUAGAUGCUGACGUCGUUUUGGUUGCUAUUGGCCGUCGCCCAACCGUCAAGAACUUGAACUUGGAAGCAAUCGGUGUCGAACUUGAUAACAAGGGACGUGUGAUCGUCGACGAUGAAUUCAACACAACAUGCAAGGGUGUUAAAUGCAUCGGUGAUGCUACUUUCGGACCCAUGUUAGCACACAAAGCUGAAGAAGAAGGUAUUGCUGCAGUUGAAAUCAUCAAGCACGGCCAUGGUCACGUUAAUUACGAAACCAUUCCAUCAGUCAUUUACACCCACCCCGAAGUUGCUUGGGUAGGAAAGAGCUCGGAAGAAUUGAAGAAGGAUGGUGUCAACAUCAAGGUGGGAACUUUCCCAUUCAUGGCCAACUCUCGUGCAAAGACUGUGUUGGAUACCGAUGGAAUGGUCAAGGUUAUCACCGAAGCUGAAACCGAUAAGAUUUUGGGUGUUCAUAUCAUUGGACCAAAUGCCGGUGAAUUGUUGGCAGAAGCUGUUUUGGCAAUGGAAUACGGAGCAUCUUCAGAAGAUGUUGCAAGAACUUGCCACGCACACCCAACUAUGAGUGAAGCAAUCAAGGAAGCCAUGCUUGCUGCUCACUUCAAAGCCAUCCACAUGUAA